AAAAAAUUUUAUGAAAAUUGUGAAUUUAUUAAAAAACAUUUCUAUUACAUGGCUGUUAAUUAUGCCUACAAAACCAAUUUGGAUUUUUUUUUUAAAAAGUGGCGCAAAAGCUCAAUGCAAUAAGUGUGGCAAAGAACUUUCAAUGGGGAGUUCAUUAGCUUGUAAACAAACAACUGGAAACAUAAAACGCCAUUUGGAGAAACAACACGCUUCUGAAUAUAAAAAAGAUGAAACCUUAUUGGACCAACCAAAGGAAACAGUAACAACUAAAACAGCGGUUUCAAAUCAACCAACAUUAAAAACUUCAUCGAGAAAACACAUACAGAAAUGUGGCCAGAUGAUUCCAUGGUGUCAAUAAAAAAUAGACAAAUCUAUAAUAGAUUUAAUAUUGGUAGACAUGCUGUCAUACAAUAUUGUGGAAGGUACUGCUUUUAAACGAUUAAAUUUUGGUAAUACAGAAGCAAUUUGUAAAUAUAAAAAAAAAUCUGAAAAAUUUUUUCGAACUUCUUAAAUGCCGGAAACUUACAAACAAAUUAAACAGAAGGUGUACGAUGAAAUACAAAAGGCGGAUUGGGUUACAGAUAUUUGGACAAACCUAUCGAAAAGCUGCUCUUUACUUAGCUUUACUGCUCAUUUUAUUCUUGGCUCAAAAAGAUUGAAAUAUAUUUUAGGUGCAUCAGUUUUAGAAGAGGAUCAUACAGGGUCGUAUAUAUGCGAAAAAUUGGAAGCUGUAAUUGAAGAAUUUAAACUUGAAAAUAAAAUUCAUAUUGGUAUUUCAAAUAAUGCAAAAAAUAUGACAUUUGCCAUGAAAAUUGCAGAUUUUCCAUCGUUUGGUUGUAUGGCACAUACAAUUCAUCUUAUUGUACAAGAAAGCUUAGCGCCUUAUCAAGAAAUAAAAACUAAAUGUAGAUCAAUAGUUGGCCAUUUUAAAAGAUCAGAGCAAGCAUACCGAAAAUUAAAAAAAAACAAGAAAAAUGCUCCUUGCCAUUGCAUCAACUUGUACAGGAUGUUGAUACAAGGUGUGCAGAUUAAUAAGUAGAACAAAAAGAUGCUUUGUGCUUAUAUGCUAUUAAAAAUAGAAAUUCUUACAGCUAAAGAGUGGAAAAUUAUAAGUGAAAUAGUAAAUUUACUGCAAAGCUUUUGUGAAGCUACACUUGAUAUCUCAGAAGAUUCGGCACCGAUAUCAUUAGUAAUUCCCAUAUACCAAAUGCUUUUAUCGAAGCUUGAUGAAAAUAAGACGGAAAUUAAAUUAAGACAAUCUUUAAAAGAUAUAUUAAAGAGGAGAUUUCAAUUUUUAGAAACCAUGAGUUUUUUGAGUGUUGCAACACUACUCGAUCCACAUUUUAGGUCUAAAUACCUUUCUUCACAACAGCUGGAAAAAUCCACACAGGAUAUAAUUAAUUUUUUAAAUGAUAAUUCAAUUAAUUUUGAAGCAUCUACCGUUAUGAAAAAGAAUCAGAGGCGGAAUCAAAAAGACGCAAAAAAAUGCAGAAAAGAGGUUCAUCUUUAUGGGAAAAGCAUGAUUCUGCUUUACAUCAACCUCAAGACGAAAAUAUUUUCGAGAAAGAAAUAAAAAUGUAUAUAUCUGAACCAUUAAGUGAUCGCAAAACAAAUAUAUAUGAAUAUUGGAAUUUCUGUUCAUUUGCAAACCUUAAGGCUGCAGCCAGGAAAUAUCUAUCAGCACCGCCAACGAGCGUUUCUAGUGAGCAACUAUUUAGUGCUGCUGACCAACUUUAUACAGAUAGACGAAGUAACCUUAAAGGCUUUAAUGCAGAAAAGUUACUAUUUUGUCAUUAUAAUAUAAAAACAAUGAAUUUUGAGUACUAGCGUACAAACUAUUUAAUCUGGGUUUUAGAGUUCAUUUUAAGUGAACUAUAAAAUAAAAUAAAAAAUAAAAUUAAUAU